AUGCUGGGCUUUUUCAACAAGAACAAGGGCCAGGAGCCCGAGGUCGACGACAACGUCAACGGGCGCGACGGCGACGUCAACUCGGUCUCGAGCCGCCGCAAGAAGCUCGGAAGCACCGCAACCAUCUUUGCAGCUGGAGCUGCGCUCUUCUCAGACGGAUACGCCAAUGCAGUCGUGUCACCCGUCAGCACGAUCCUCGCCAUCCUGUACCCGGACUGGAUGAACUCGGACCUGAGCCAGAACAGGUCGUUGGUCGGCGCGAUGGGCUUUGCCGGCACCGAACUAGGCCGGUACCGUACGGCCAUCUCCCAAGUGGACAAGUGGCAAGUGGCAUCUUUACUGACACAGUAUACCACAGUGGUUGUCGGAAUGAUUACGUUUGGCUUUGUCUCUGACAAGCUGGGUCGCAAGCCCGGCAUGUUCCUCACCACUGCCAUCAUCUUCGUCUUUAUGAUCCUCAUGGCAUGCUCUGCCGGCCCCACCCCGCAGGUCCUGAUCAACUGCCUCAUUGCGUUCCGUUUCUUCGUCGGUAUCGGUAUUGGCGGAGAGUACCCAUGUGGAUCGACGGCCGCUGCUGAGUCGACUGAGAACAGUGGCGUCAAGAAGAACCACCAGCAGCGUCUGUUCGUGUGGGCGACCCACUUUAUGAUUGACCUGGGAUUCCCCAUGGCAUGGUUUGUCGCCCUUGUGCUGCUGUGGAUCUUUGGCAUGGACCACCUCCGUGCCGUCUGGCGCGGAGCCCUCCUGUUCGGUGCCAUCCCGCCCCUGCUCCUCAUCUUUGCGCGCAUGUUCAUGGACGAGCCCGAGGCGUACAAGAAGAACGCGAUGAAGCACGUCAAGAUUCCGUACAGGCUCAUCAUCAAGCGCUAUUGGAGGAAGCUUGCCGCCGUGUCGUUUUGCUGGUUCAUCUACGACUGGAUCACCUACCCCUUUGGCAUGUACGCCAGCGACAUUACCAGUGGAGCUAUUGGAGACAACCCCACUCUGUACCAGACCUUGGCCUGGUCGUGUCUCAUCAACUUCUUCUACUGCCCCGGAGCGUUCGUCGGCGCAUACUUCUCCGACUGGCUCGGCCCCAAGCGCUGCUUCAUCUUUGGACUGGUCAUGCAGGCCAUCUUUGGCUUUUCUCUGUCAGGAGGUUACAGCUACUUUAAGCAGCACACGGCCGGCUUUGCCAUCUUCUACGGUAUCUUCCUUUCAUUCGGAGAGAUUGGCCCCGGCAACAACAUCGGUCUCUUCGCCGCCAAGGCCAUUGGCCCCACUGCCGUCCGUGCCCAGCUCUACUCCUUUGCUGCUGCGAGCGGCAAGGUCGGUGCCUUUGUCGGAACCUACACCUUCCCGUACAUCAUCGCCCACUUCCCCGACGGUUCGCAGCUCCGGUCGACUGGCAUCUUUUACAUCGGUUCUGGCCUGGCGCUCCUCUCCGCCACGGUGUGCUUCUUCUUCUUCCCCGCUAUCAAGGCCGACGCGAUGGUCGACGAGGACCGCGAGUUCCGCGAGUUCCUCGUCGCGCACGGCAUCGACAUUUCCCACAUGGGCAUGGUCGAUGACCCCAGCGGCGAGUCGGCCGCCGAGAUCGCCAAGGCCGACGAGAAGCCGUACAAGGAAACCGCUGCUGUCGUCGAGGUCAACGACCCCUCGAAGAAUUAA